AUGUCGCGCAACACCUGGAACCACGACCGCUACCUUACUAACAUCACUCUCUUCCACAACUACGUCAAGCCUGGCAUUCUCGACGAGCAGCAUGCACCAGCCAUCAUGGUCGAGCGACACCCAGCCAUGACUCUGAUGAAGGCUUCGAACCUUCGCGACAACUACAACUCCAGCCAUGCGAAGAGUAAGGCGCAGGCGUUGCGCGACCUCAGCCAGAACGAUGCUAGUGGCAAAGCGCAUCCAUACGCAGCUGAUGUGCUAGCUAUGAUUACUGCUGAAGCAGCGCGCAUCGAGUCGACUACCGCGUUCAAGAGGGCCACAGGCGCCGGGCAUUCGGAUGAGGAAGAAGAGCAGGCUCCCGUGGCGGGCGAGGGAGUGGACCAGUCUGCUGUUGCUGAGGGCCGUGGCUCGAGUGCUCUUGGCGCCGCUGAGGACGGUGAAGUACUCGGUCAGGACACCCCAGGCGCUCAUGGUCCAGAGCCCGCCGGCGAUGGCGGAGACGACCAAGACGGCGAAGCAUCAAACAAGCAGCAGGGCGCAGAAGGGGGCGGCCAACAUCCCGGAGACGAAGACAUCGACCAUUCCACCAAGCCUCGCCUUGACAUGAUCCACUUCAAGGACUGCCAAUAG